AUGGGCGAAGCAGUGAUUGAGGGAUCCAACUGGCGCCUCGUUGAGGUUGGCCGCGUUGUCGCCAUCAACGGAGACCACCCCUUCGCUGGCAGACUUGCCGCCAUCGUCGAGAUCAUCGACCACAAGCGAGUUCUCGUCGACGGCCCCUCCGCCGACCCUACUCUGGCUGUCCCCCGACAGGCCGUUCCCCUGUCCAAGUGCCUGCUCUCCCAGUUCGUCGUUGAAGGCCUCAUCCGUGGCUCCCGACAUGGUGCCGUCAAGAAGCUUUGGGAGAAGAACGAGAUCGACGCCAAGUGGAAGGAGAGCAACUGGGCCAAGAAGCGCGAGCAGAUCCAGCGGAGGAAGAACCUGACCGACUUCGACCGCUUCAAGGUUUUGCGACUCAAGAAGCAGCGACGAUUUGAGGAGCGCAAGGCUCUGGCCAAGGUCAAGGCCUCCGCAUAA